GUAAACACGGUGACCGCUGUUAUCAUCAGACCCGGAGAGCCGACGACGACCUCCCUUAGAAAAAUUCAGCUUCAGAUUUGCUACACAUUCGAGUUUCUGAUUUUCCCGAAAUGCCCGUCGGUGAUCUUCAGGAGGGUGGUGACAGAGAACUCGAGGAGAGAUUGCGCGUCGAGCAACAGAAAGCACAAUUGCAAGCGAGGAUCCAUUCGCUAACUGACAUGUGUUGGGACAAAUGCAUGGAUAAGCCGUCGACCAGACUCGACGACCGAACGGAGACAUGUCUCACGAAUUGCGUCGAGCGAUUCCUGGAUACUUCUGUAGCAAUCGCCACGCGGUUCACUCAGACACUUCAGAAAUCCGCCGAGCUUCAGUGAUGUCGCAGUCGCCAACGAGUCAGAGUUCUGACAUGUCGUGGUCGUCUCAUCACUCAAAUGCGCGAAAGCUCUCAGACUGUACGCUGGUAUGCUGUCUCCGAUCAGGAUGUGGAAUGUUGUGAGAGACUCGUGGAUAGACGAUUAUGCUUCACGAGAAAGCUUUCGAUGUGCUCUGAGUGCCUGGAGAAUGUCUGAGGCUGUCAGGUUCUGUGGAAUCUUGGAGAUCCAGAACCUCAUAGCGGAGAUCUCGAGCCCUUAUGGAAAUGAGGAGCUCCUCCGCAUUGAUAGGAAAAUGCAAUCGAUGACAAUAAAUUAAGGACUU